CAAGUUGUGGUCCAAAAUGGAUCGUGAAAAUACUCCGCGGAAGCAGCGCCAGAAGGUGAGCUCUCCUUCCUUCCCGGCCCAAUUCUCCUCCUCCUAACGUAUAGUCCAGCGUAGUACUGGCAGUCGUCGUACUAGCACCAGCUCCGCAGCUCAUGGUGCCCCAUCCCGAGCCAGUGUGAGCUCCGUUCCAGGCCCCGCACGUGGGUUCCGGCCGCGUAGUCGCACCGCGGCGUCUCCCCCGGCUGCUAUAAUGUCCAAGACGCCAUCCAUGCUGCUACGUCCAUCUGCAGGUGGGUCACCAGGGUCCACAGGCGUCCUCUACGAGCCAGAUGCUACUAGUCGCAGUAGACACAGCGUCUCCGACCGAGACAGCCACUUGCAGGUGAGCACCCGACCCACUAAGUCCUCACCAAGCCACCGGAGAGCGGGCUCUCCAGGAGCAAUACGCCCACAGACCCCGUCUACACUCCAGCAGAUCGACGUCGUCCCUCCUUCUACCAGUGUGAAGCUUAUCACUCCCCAGCUGCAAUUUGCCACGGACUUGUCGAUAGAGCAGAAGUUGGCUCAAUGUCGACUACCCAGUGUGUCAGGCAACAGCCAGAGACAUACGGCACAACUCCUGUACGUGGCAAACAAUGUGGCAGAUUCCGAGCUAUUGUACCGCGAAAACGAGCUGCUGUCAGCUCAUACAUGUGCACUCGAGGCUGUGUGGCCACACGCACUAGUUCGUGUCCCUUAUAACAUGUCGACAUUCAGUGACGUAGUUGACGAUAAGGAUGUCCUCAAUGUGGCGUCGUUCGUACUUCCACAUCGGCAACAAGUGACUCGUGGGAACGCAAAGAGGAAGGAGCAGAUUAAGAAAACAGCGUCGAUCUCCAGUAAAUAUUCGGAGCUCGAUGAGGCAGCAGAAGAUUUUCAGCUUUUUGUCCGAAGUUUACCGAGCUCGCCCACGUUUUCGUCAAAUACGGUGUCGAAGUUAGCGAUGACGCCUGGAUCAAAAUCUCUGUCACCUCCACACGCACUAUCUCUACGUGAAUGGCUCAGCAACGCCUCCCGCGUGUUUGAAGCUGUGCGCAAGGCGAGCUGUUUCACCGCCGAAUACACCUCGUCGCGUGAUCAGCACUAA